AUGAUAUUAGGUUCACUAGAUUGUUGCAUUGAAGUCACUUAAGCUCAAAGACAAAUGAUGCUUAAUAUUUAGUGUUUUUAGAUUGAAAAAAGAGAAAUAUACAUCUUAUGA